CGCUCAGACGCUUUGAUUGACAGAGAGAUGAACGAAUCAUUCAUCAUUCCGCAGGACGUUUCCUUGAUGACAGGGUCAACAAUAUGGCGCUGUCCAUGAGUUACAGAAGUGCUUCAUCUGCUGGUUGUCGACUUGAAAACCUAAAGGACAUUUUUUAACGCCUGGACGGCAACAAUGUCUGGGUCAAAUGUCUGGACUCGCAGCCGAGAGAAAAUAAGACUUUUCCCCGAACUUUUUGCACAGUGUGCAGGAGAGGCAGCAGCGUAUGGGAAGUGUGUGGCAGCUACCACAACAGGCCGACAGGAGCUGAAGAAGGACCUCUGUGCCAAGGAAUUUGAAGCACUGAAGACCUGUUUUAUAAGUGCAGCUAAGAAGAAAGCUAAAUGAAUGGAAACUGUCCUGGCUGUGUGAGAUGGUGCCAACCUCAAUCAUACAGUCAGCUGUUCAUUGCUGUGAGAGAAGAUCCAAAUUUUAUCUGGAUGAUAACAUAGCAGUUUUUUCUCUGGUCAUUGUAUAUUAACCAAAAAUUUGUUGUUAUUUUGUGAUGACAUUGUUGAAAUGUAGCACUGCUCCGUUCUUUAACAUGCAAGACUGAUGCAAUUCUGUUAUAUACAGAGGCGAAUAAAACACACCUUAUCUGUU